CCUCUUCCUCUCUCUCUCUCACUCUCUCUUUCUCCCUCCCUCUUCCUCUCCCUCAUUCGCUCUCGCAUUCUCCUGCUUUUUCCAAGAAGGCUACACACAGGCUGAUCAGGAUGUCUAUAGUGAGUAUUGUGGCCAGGGAGAUCCUGGAUUCCAGGGGAAACCCAACGGUGGAGGUAGACCUACAAACUGAGAAAGGUCUCUUCAGGGCAGCGGUGCCAAGCGGAGCUUCCACAGGGAUCUACGAGGCUCUGGAGCUCAGAGAUGGUGACAAGAGCCGCUUCAAGGGGAAAGGAGUGCUCAAGGCAGUUGGUCAUAUCAAUGACACCAUAGCACCAGCCCUCGUUCAGUCUGGUAUUAGUGUGGUGGAGCAGGGAAAACUGGACAACGUGAUGAUCGAGUUGGAUGGCACAGACAACAAAUCUAAGUUUGGGGCCAACGCUAUUUUAGGUGUGUCUUUGGCCAUAUGCAAAGCUGGUGCAGCAGAGAAAGGUGUCCCCCUCUAUCGCCACAUUGCUGACCUGGCAGGAAACACAGACCUGGUUCUUCCAGUUCCUGCCUUUAACGUUAUUAACGGAGGCUCCCACGCAGGAAACAAACUGGCCAUGCAGGAGUUCAUGGUACUUCCUGUUGGGGCGGAGUCAUUUCGCGAGGCGCUCCGCAUAGGGACGGAGCUUUACCACACCCUGAAGGUGGUGAUACGUGAGAAGUACGGCCAGGACGCCAUCAACGUGGGAGACGAGGGGGGCUUUGCCCCCAACAUACUGGAGAACAGCGAGGCUCUGGAGCUGUUGAAGACGGCCAUAGAGCAGGCAGGGUUCACUGAGAAGGUGGUGAUUGGAAUGGAUGUGGCUGCCUCUGAGUUCUACUGUGAGGGGAAAUAUGACCUGGACUUCAAAUCCCCACCCAACACAGACCGCCACAUCUCCGCAGACGAGCUCUCCCAGAUCUACCAAGGCUUUAUCAACGACUACCCAGUCGUCUCUAUUGAGGACCCCUUUGACCAGGACGACUGGCCUGCCUGGUCUCAGCUUACCUCCGCUGUGGGUAUUCAGAUAGUCGGGGACGACCUGACAGUGACAAACCCAAAACGCAUAGAGCGGGCCAUAGAGGAACGGGCCUGCAACUGCCUGCUCCUCAAGGUCAAUCAGAUCGGUUCUGUCACGGAGUCCAUAAAGGCCUGUAAGAUGGCUCAGGAGAAUGGCUGGGGCGUGAUGGUCAGCCAUCGCUCAGGGGAGACUGAGGACACCUUCAUCGCCGACCUGGUGGUGGGUUUGUGUACUGGACAGAUCAAGACUGGAGCCCCUUGUCGAUCUGAACGGUUGGCCAAAUACAACCAGCUCAUGAGGAUCGAGGAGGAGUUGGGUAGCCAAGCUCGUUUUGCUGGAAACAACUUCAGAAACCCGAGUGCCAUCUGAAUGUCAUCUCCUCCUGGUGCACAGACGUCCAGCAGCCACCGCAACUGAAAUGAAACACUUGCACCGUACAGACGGAGCACCUACAGCCUGGACACACCCAACGGCAUACAUAGCAUAUCAAUAACCACAGAGCACCGAUGAAAUAAGAUACACCUUAUCAUAAUUAUGUACCACUGUCAAGCAGGAGUGCUUUUCAAAGAGCACCACAGAAAUAGAAAUCCUGUGAUGUCUCACUGAGUUUGUAGCAAUUUGUGUCGUUUCUCCUCUCCUAUUGGUGUAUCUACAUGAUUAUCUGUUUGUGUUUAAACACCUGUUCCCGUCUGCGAACCAGUGCUUUCAGUUGUUCUGUCUCUCUUUGUGUCUCUCUUUUUCACUUUUCUUUUUUCUCAGUCUUUCUCCCUCUCUCUCUCUCCUGCUGUCUCUCUUUUUCUCUCUAAUUCUCUUUCUCUCCCCCUCUUCCUUUCUCCAUCUCUCUUACAAUGUCUCUCUUUCUCAGAUAACAGCUGACUCUGGAAGCCAUCCAGCCCUACUCUGGCGUGGAAGUAGGCACCAGAUCAGUGGUUCCAGUGUCAGUUGCUGUUUUAGUGGCUUUGUUGUCCUCUUGGUUUCUGUGAACUUUUCCCUCACUCCCCUCUCCUCUGUUUUUUUCCAGCCGCCAUUUCCUUUUAGCAUCUUUCCUCUCCUGCACUUACACUACAUAAGGUGAUAUGUGUACACAUCCUUUCACAAAAACUGUCCGGUUAAUAAAAUGCAUAUCUUCUGUGUGUGUAUGUAUGUUUUUAACUUAUUUGUUCUUUAAAGUUGUUGAUAGAUGGAAUAAACUAUGAAAUAAAUGUC